AUGGAAGAAGCAGUCGUCGUCCUGAAAGAUCACAAUGAAGAAGACGAAAAUAACAACAACGAUAAAGAGAAAUCCAGCUCUAAUGGCCCGGCGAAGGAGGUGUUCAACGUGGAAAUCUCUACGAUGCGGAUCUCAGACGGAAAGAGGCAGAAAAGAGAGAAGCAAAGACUGUGGCUAAAAAGACCAAUGACUGCGCGGUUGGUUUUUCAUGGAAAAAAUUCGGAAAGGAAAAUGGUUAUUUUGGAGGGAAGAGCCCCUGCACAAGCGACGAAAGACGGGACUCGCUUGGUAAAAGUCCGUCAGUCGACAAUCAGUACUCAUGACAUCGAUUUCGUGGAUGAAAAGAGGGAGGUCACGUGCCCGUGUCUACUCGGUCAGGAAGCACUUUUCGAAAUGGUCAACGAUCAAAACGAAGAUGAAGAUGGGACUAUCGCGCCGGGGACAAGGGUUGUCGCCAAUACUUUCUCUCCAGUAGCCUUUGGAGAGACAGCACUCGAAAGAAGUGGCGGCAGAUGGGCAGGAACGUGGGGCACGCAUGCGCUGCUUACUUCUGAAAGCUUUCUAGUACAAAUUCCAGAAGGCCUGUCCGAAUUCGCCGCUACUACGGCACAUACGAUGGCCUUGGCCUGGGCAGCAUGCAGGGACAUUUUGGAACGGGACGAGCCAGCUACAAUCGUCGUUCAAGGCGCCGGAUUACUUGGCCUUUACUGUUGCGCAAUACUCAGUCGCCAUGCGUUCAGUGUUUUCUGCACAGAAAAAUCGUCCAAGCGGUUGCGACUUGUUACUGAAUUUGGUGGGGUUCCACUACAUCCUAGUUUGGCUGGACCAAUUGAUUCAAAAGCGAGUACUGUGAUUGAAUGCUGUGGGGAUAGCCUAGCUCCGUCUCAGGCUUACAACUGGAUGGGCACUGGUUCACGCUACAUCAUAAUGGGUCUCUCUGGUUCAGCGGAGAAGAUUUCACUCAGUGGCGCGCAGAUAAUCAAAAAAGGGAUCACGCUUAUGGGAGUAGACCGCUACACUAACGAAGAUCUUGCCUCGGCGGUUGAAUUUUUAUCGCUGAAUCAAAGUCGAUACCCGUGGCAUAAAUUGGCAGGACCGAAUUUCGACCUGCAUGAGUGGGAAAGUGCAUUCAGGAAAUGGCAAAUGACUAACUUUGACUCGAGUGAAAAGAAAAGGAAAUGA